UUGCUCCCAAAGGCCGCAUGUGCCACCGCACAUUGUUCCCUUUCCACCGGUGCGCAGCCAAUCAGGAAGCGCUCCUGUAGCCUCGGGCUUUCCCUUCGCCACAUAACAACUGGUUUCCUCUUCGCCUGAGUCACUUCUGACAGAUCCGUGUCUCUGUUCUGCACUAGUUUUAGCUUUUAACUGUUUUUACACAGCCAUGCUUUUAGUAAAGAGGCUGUAUGUCUUACUUUGGUUCAGUGUGGUUGCCACCUUCGCCUCAGCAGACAACAUGACAGCAGCCACGGUUUACUGGGACGCCCAGCAGAAGGUCGUCCAGCUGAAGGAGGGGGUUCUGGAGGUGGAGGGCGAUGCAUACGGGUAUCUGAAUGACACCCUGUCCAGUACAGGCUGGAGCGUGCUUGAGAUCCGAGCCGGCUACGGAAAGACCCCCGAGACUGACGAGAUGACCUUCUUCCUGGCCGGCUACCUGGAGGGCUUCCUCACUGCCCGGCAGAUUAUGGACCACUACACCAACAUGUAUCCACAGCUCAUCUCCAGUCCAAAGAUCCUCGACCUGGUUCAGAGUUUCAUGGCGAAGCAGGAUUCAUGGGUCAGAGAGCAGGUGAAACUGAACAAGAGCUCGGAUCCUCUGUGGAGACACGCAGGCUUCAUCAUGGCCCAGAUGGACGGACUGCAGGCUGGAGUGGCCGACUGGGCCAAGCGACAGGGGAGCAAGCCGCUGCCCCUGUUUGCCAUCCAGUUCCUGAGCGCAGUGGGAGACCUGCUGGAUCUGAUCCCAGCCUUGGUCCCCGACUCCAGCCGCCUGCUCCGAAACUUCAGCCUCCCUGGGAUGGGACACUGCUCUGCGCUCAUUAAGAUGCUUCCUGGCUUCGAGAACCUCCUCUUUGCACACUCCAGCUGGUACACGUAUGCCGCCACGAUGCGGGUCUACAAAUACUGGGAUUUCCGUGUCAUGGAGCCCCACGCUGCCACUGGGAAACUGUCCUUCAGCAGCUACCCUGGUUUCCUGGUGUCGCUGGAUGACUUCUACCUGUUGGGCAGUGGUUUGAUGAUGACCCAGACGACCAACAAUGUCUUCAACUUCUCCCUCUUUGACCAGAUCACGCCCAGCAGCCUGCUGGCGUGGCAGAGGGUCCGGCUGGCUCACAGUCUGGCACGCACCGGGGAGGACUGGGCCAAAACCUUCUCUAAGUACAACUCUGGGACCUACAACAACCAGUACAUGGUGCUGGACAGGAGCAAAGUGAAGCUGGGCCACAGCGUGGACGACGGCGCUCUGACUGUGGUGGAGCAGAUCCCCGGCCUGGUGGAGUACUCCGACCAGACACAGGCUCUGCGCAGAGGCUACUGGCCGUCCUACAACGUCCCCUUUCACCAGAAUAUCUACACACUGAGCGGUUAUAAAGAAAUGUGGAAGGAGUUUGGAAACGACUUCUCCUAUGAUCUGUGUCCCAGAGCCAAGAUCUUCCGCCGUGACCAGGGUGGCGUCAAGGACCUGGACUCCUUGAAGCACAUCAUGAGGUUCAAUGACUACAAGAAGGAUCCAUAUUCCAAAGGCGACCCGUGCAAGUCCAUUUGCUGCCGUGAUGACCUGAAGCCAACGAGUCCGCUGCCAGCAGGCUGCUACGACACCAAGGUGACAGAUUUCCAAAUGGCUGGGGACUUCUGCGCCGAGGCAAUAAACGGGCCGACCACUCAGGAUGGACUCUGGCCAUUUGAAUGGAAUAAAUUCAGCAACAUCAGCCACCAAGGUCUGCCACAGGUCUACAACUUUACCUUCGUCAAGAUGAAGCCUCUUCUCUUCAAGCCGUGAGGUUUGUGCCUGAGAGGGAGAGAGUCUCCGUGUUCGAUGAUUUCAGAUAAAUAUGUCCAGAGGUAAAGGCACAGUCCUCUGUUUCUGUCUGUACGUCCAUGUACACAGUGAUCAUUUUACCUCUUACUGUCAGGUCAGAUUUGCGACCCAGCUUUGCUCAGGGUCUGAGGAAUGAUUGGGAUUUUGAGUCGGUAGAGUUUUAUACCCGCAGCCAUUUGUGCCGUGAACAUUGAGAGUAGCUGUGAUGUUUGUUUUUUUUUUAUAAGAUGCAGAAUCAAUGCACUAAAACAAUGCCUGUGCCAUCUUUAAUGUUUUAAAGAUUUUUUUUUUAAUGCUUGAAUGUCAGUGUUAUGCUCAGGGAGGUUGAUUGUUUCUGGUGAGGAGAUCUAGCUGCAUCAGUUUUCAUCUGUCUCAGGUUUAUAUUUUUGUAGAAGCCUGUGUUUCUGCCUAAUGCUGCACAAUCAUGCAAUCACUUUAU